AGCAGAUCUGCAAAAUUCUUUAAAACUGGGGUGUCAGUGUUUGGCAGGUCUGGAAAACAAAAACUGAACCUGGUGUUGUGUGGAAGUGAUGCAGAUCUGAAGGCCUCCGUAUCAAAACUCAUAAUAGGGAUGAAGAUUUCUACAUCAGCACAAAGGUCCAUCUCCGAGUGUGUGAAGAAGGAAGGGGAGGUGUGUGGACGUCUGAUCACUCUGGUGGAGUUUCCAGUUCUGUCUCAUCUCUCAGAAGAGGAAGUGAUGCGUCAAUCUCACCAGUGUGUGUCUCUCUGUCAUCCCGGAGUUCAUGUUUUCCUCCUCAUUAUUCCUAUCUGUUCUCUUACUGAUGAAGACAGAGUAGAAAUAGAGAAGAUCCAGAAGAUAUUUUAUUCAAGAAAUCACUUCAUGGUGCUUUUCACCUCUAGAAUGACUGUUGAUGAACCUUUGACUGAUCUUGCUAAAUCUAUCAUAAAGUCUGAAAGUCUCUGUGGAGAUCGGCAUAAAGUGAUGGGGUUAAAAGAUCAUGACAACACCAAACAGAUCUCAGAGCUGCUGGAUUAUAUAGAGAACAUGAAGACUGAACCCUAUUCAGUUCAGAUGUAUGUGAGAGCUCAAGAGAAGAGAGGCAUAGAUGAAACAGAGGAGAAAUAUAAAGAAGAACUGAAGAGAAUGGAGAAGGAAAUAAAAGGACUACAGGAGAAGCUUCAGACAUACGGUGCUGAAGGUGAAUCAAAAGAUCUGAAGUCUUUGCGAUUUGUGCUGAUCGGGAGGACAGGAAGUGGAAAGAGUGCAACAGGAAACACAGUUCUAGGGAGAGAAGAGUUUGCUACUGAACUCAGCUCAGUUUCAGUGACGACUGUUUGUCAGAAGGCAGUUGGUGAAGUUGAUGGUAAAUCAGUAGCUGUUGUUGAUACUCCAGGACUCUUUGACACAACACUGUCAAAUGAACAGAUACAGGAGGAAAUCGUGAAAUGUGUUUCACUGUUAGCACCUGGACCUCAUGCCUUCAUCAUCGUGUUGAGUUUGGGAAGAUUCACCAAAGAAGAGAUGGACACUGUAGAUCUGAUAAAGAAGAUCUUUGGUCCAAAAGCUGCACAGUUCAGUAUUGUUCUGUUCACUAGAGGAGAUGAGUUGGGAAAAACAUCUAUAAAAGCAUUCAUAGAGAAGAGUGCAGAAGUCAAGAAACUGAUCAGAGACUGUGGAGACAGAUACCUGGUCUUUAAUAACAAGCAAGAAAAAGACCGAACACAAGUCACACAGCUGUUAAAUAUGAUAGAGAUGAUGAUCAGCAACAACCCAGGCAGAUACUUCACUAACAGCAUGUUUGAAGAAGCAGAGAUGUCCAUUAAAAAGAAAAUGAAGGAAAUAUUAGAAAAGAAAGAGAGAGAAAUUGAGGCACAGAAAGAGGAAUUAAAAGUCAAAUAUGAGAUGGAAUUUAAAGACAUGAUGAAGAGACUGGAAGAAGAGAAACAAAAGAAAGACGAGGAAAGACUGCAGAUGAAGAACAAGUUCAGAGAAAAAGAGGAAACUCUCAGAAAAGAGUUUGAGGAGAAAGAUAAAAUUGAACAAAAGAAACAAGAGAUGGAAGAUCAGAAACGAUCAGAGAAAGAAAAACAACAGAAAGCUGAAUAUCAUAAAAAAAUAGAAGAGAUGAAGAGAGAGAUUGAAAAUCAGAGAUCACAGUAUGAAAAACAGCAGAAAGAAAGAGAAGAGAAGCAUAAAAAGAAAGAAGAGAAAUACAAACAAGAUCAAAAAAAGAUGAAAAAUGACCAAAAACGUAUCAUAGCAGAAUUAGAAAUAAAACAGAAAGAAGAAACAAAAAAGAGAGAUUCAGAGGAAAGAGAAAGGAAUAUACAAGAAGAAAAAGAAAGACAAGAAUGGGAGAGAAAAAUAAAAGAGGCUGAAAAUGACAGAAAAGAGAUUCAAGAGGACAUUAAACAAAAACAGAGAGAAUGGGAGGAGGAAAAGAAAAGACAGAUGAGUAAAAGAGAGGAAGAGGACAGAAAGAGAAAAAAGAAACACGAGGAUCAGCUGAGAGAAAAACAAAAAGAACUGGAGAACAUGAGAAAGAAAUUCGUCAGAGAGAGAGAAGAAGAAAAACAGAAGAGAGAGGACGAGAGACAACAAGAGAGAAGAGAAAAAGAAAAGAAAGAGAGAGAGUAUGAAGAAAAGAAAGAUGAAAUGAAAAGACAUUAUGAGCAGCUGGAACAAAAGAUGAAAGAGGAGUGGGAGAGAAGAAAACGAGAGGAUGAUGAAAGACGAGAAGAAGAGAGAAAGAGAUGGGAGAAAAAGAUUGAAGAUCUUAAACAAGAACGAGAUGAAGAGAUCAAGAAAAGAGAAAAAGAGGAGAGAGACAGAAGAGAAAGAGAAGUGAAAGUGCGUGAACAGAUGAAACAGAAACAUGAAAAGGAAAUGCAGAAGAUGAAGAAGAAACAUGAAGAUGAAGCCAGAAAACAAGCAGAAGAAUUUAAUGAUUUCAGAAAGGAAAAAGAGAAACAUGUUCAAGAACUCAAAGAGACGCUCGAAGAAGCGGUGAUACUUGUUGAUACUUCAGGACUCUUUGACACAUUGUCAAAUGAACAAGUGCAUGAAGAAAUAGUGAAAUGUGUUUCACUGUCAGCACCUGGACCUCAUGUCUUCAUCAUUGUGUUGAGUUUGGGAAGAUUUACUCAGGAGGAAAUGGACACUGUAGAUCUGAAGAAGAUCUUUGGUCCAAAAGCUGCACAGUUCAGCAUCAUUCUGUUCACUAGAGGAGAUGAUCUUGAGAAUAUGUCCAUCAAUGAUUAUGUGAGCAAAUAUAACUGUGCAGAACUCAAGAAACUGAUCAGAGACUGUGGAAACGGAUUCCUGGUUUUCAAUAACAGAGAAAAACAAGACCAACCUCAAGUGAUUCAGCUGUUAAAUAUGAUAGAAGAAGUGAAGAAUUCUAAUCAGGGUCGAUAUUUCACUAACAGCAUGUUCCAGAUGGCAGAGAUAUGGCUCAGUAAAGGCAGGGUGUUGGAACGCUUUUGGUCCAUUCGAAAGGAAAUAACAGCUUUCCUAGUUCAGCUCAGGAGUCAGAAGGCAACACAGUUUUCACUUUUUUUGCAAGACGAGAGCAAAAUGGAUAUUGAUGCUUUUUUGGUAGACAUCACAUCACAGCUUAAUGAGCUCAACGUGAAACUACAGGAUAAGCUGAUUGGAAACUUCAGAAAUCGCUUUGACAGCUUCAGCCUUGGACAGCAGCUCCUUCUUCUCACUGAGAAUCCAUUCCUCAUCACAGAUGUCAGGGGAUUUUCAAAGGAGGUGACACAGACCUUCAAGUGGGCACAUGCUGGAUCUCUACAGAUGCAACUGAUUGAUCUGCAAGCAAAUGUUGCACUAAGAGAGCACUUUCAACUAACUGAUCAUGACACUUUCUGGCGGCAGGCUGUGUCUGAAACUGUUUUCCCUGGUCUAACCAAAGUAGCACUACACACCUUGACCAUGUUUGGCUCCACAUACAGUUGUGAGUCUUCUUUCUCCACUAUGAACAUCAUUAAAAAUAAGUACCGUUCUAGACUCACCAAUGAGCACCUACAUAUGUGCAUGAGAAUGGCACUGACUCCAUUCCAGCCAAGGUUCAAAUUACUGGCAGGGCAAGCAAAAGCCCAUUUCUCUCACUAA